GGGGGGGGGGGGUCCCGUCAUUGCGGGCAGCGCUGUGGAUGGAAGAGUUCAUGAUCACUGGUUUGCAUAAUUACAGAGGCUAAAUAAGCAUGGAGGAGACUAUAGUGGGGAUGAGAAGUGUCAAAAGAGAAGAAAUGAAUCCUACAAAUGAUGAUCCAGUGUUUGGGACCAUUUUUGACUGGGACUAUCUCUUAUGGGAAAUUCGUUUGACAUUUUUAUCUGCUGGUUUUUUAAUCUACUUGGGAGUAUUUCUUCUGUCUCACUGGUUGUCUUCUUGGAGAAGUACCACUUACCGUGCCUUGUAUGCAAAGGAGAAGGUGUUUUGGAAUAUGGCAGUCACACGUGGUGUGUUUGGACUUCAGAGUUGUGUGGCUGGGUUAUGGGCUUUGCUCAUAGAUCCCGUUUUUCAUGCUGACAAAGUCUAUUCACAGCAAAAGUGGAGUUGGUUUAACUGUUUAAUAGCAGCUGGAUUUUUCUUGCUUGAAAAUGUAGCAGUUCACGUGUCCAACAUAAUUUUUAGAACAUUUGAUGUUUUCUUGGUAGUUCAUCAUUUGCUUGCUUUUGGUGGCUUGGCUGGUUUAGUAAUUAAUGUGAAAUCUGGACAUUAUCUGCCUUUGAUGGGAAUGUUGCUGGAGAUGAGUACUCCCUCAACGUGCAUUUCCUGGAUGCUUCUGAAGGCUGGCCGUGCUAACACCUUUUUCUGGAAGGCAAACCAGUGGGUGAUGAUCCAUCUGUUCCACUGCCGCAUGAUUCUUACCUACCACAUGUGGUGGGUGUGUAUUUUCAACUGGAAUUCUAUUGUAGAAAAUCUGGGACUUCUUCACUUCAUUGUUUUAUUCUCGGGAUUAUUUGCUGUUACACUGAUACUUAACCCAUACUGGACAUACAAAAAAACUCAGCAACUCCUCAACCCAACUGACUGGAACUUUGAAAAUAAAGCAGUGGAAAAUGGAAAGUUAAAUGGUGAAACACAUCAAAAGAAGAGGAUUUAGCACUGAAAGUACAAUUUUCCCAGCGGGGGUAACAGAAGAAUGCAAUGCAAACUCAUUCUUUGCACGUGAACUAGAAGAUUUUGCAAGAAGCUCAUUGACACAGUGACUCCUUGCUGGUAGUACUGUGUAUUCACCACAAGUGUUGAAAAGCAUUGUUUAUGUUUCUUAUAUGUAUACAUAAAAGAACUUCAACCCUCAUUAUGAAUUACACCAACAAUUUGUCACAUUGGACGGUAUUUCAUAAUUUAGUAGUGAUGUGCUCCCUAAUGGCAUGUUUUUUUCCCUAAUGCUUCAAAGUAGCUUUACAGUAAGUCAUCCAUUAGCUCAGCUUGAAUCAAGUUUAACUUGAAUCCUAUUUCACAUAUGAUGGAGAUACUGAUACUGAAAAUUAUGUUAAAUUGUUUAUUAAGAACAAUUAUGAUCCAAGUUAGGAAUGCAUGGG